AUGAGGGCAACGUGUCCGAGGAGCAGACGCCCGGCGCAAUUGUCGCGCACAGAAGCCGCGGAGGCACGUCAAGAAACCGCCACUGCCAGCUACGCUGGAGCGGUAACGCGCGACGUUCCACGUGUUCACGAGACGGCCCCAGCGGAAGCGGCAGCCCCGCCGGCCGCCGCCACGGAGAGCCCAGCGGCUACCCCACCCCCUGCGCCCGUCCCUGCCCCGGCCCCGGCCGUCGCAGGUAGCGCGGGUGAGAAACGCCAGCUGAGCUCCGACUCGGAGGGCGAAAGUACAAUGGAGACCGACGCAGCCCUGGCCCCCACCCCCUCCCCCGCCGCCCGGCGGCCGAGGAUCGCGGAGGUCAGCGCCCCCGCCCAGCCGACGGCCGCGCCGGCCGACAGCCCUGCCGCCCAGGCCGGGCCCAGCGCCGACGCCGCCACGCCGUACAGCGAGAUGCGUGAGCUUGCAAUCAAAAAGCAAGUCACAAAACUGGCCCGCAUUCUGAAGGAAUCAGAAGACGAGCCAAAAGAAAACAACGUGGACGUCCCGGCCGCCGGCAAACCCAAAAAGCGCCGGAGCAAGCGGCGAAGUCGCAGCCGUGAAAAAGACGACAAGAUGGACGCAUCGGAAGCAGAGGAGUCAGAUACGGCAUCCGCACCCAAAAAGGCUACAACCCCUAAAGCAGAGGACGUAGUCCUACGGCCGGAACGGCCACAGCACUCCACAGACCCGCCUCCACAAACCGAUUAA